AUGACCAUCUCAACACCCUCCUUCCUCCACCGCCUCGAAUCCCUCCUCACCCAGGGCCUCCCCGACCCCCAAACCUUCCACCACGCCGUCCUUGCUCGCCUCCGCCUCUCCCUCACAACAACCCUCUUCCAACUCCUCCUCCAACUCCCCACACAACUCUCAACACAACUCCUCUCCUCCCUCCAGUCCCCACCCUCCCCAUCCUUCGUCGAGAAAAACACCAAAAUGAUGACCUCCGCACCCGGGUUCGAGGGCCGUUGGAUAGCGUUUGGCUUGAAUCCUGCACUGGAUUGGGAAAGUAUCAUCACGAGUUCGGAUGAGAAGUGGACAGUCAUCUUGUUCUUCCACGCAGGCGGCUGGGUCGUGGGCGACGAACUCACCCACCACGCCUACCUCUCCUCCCUCCUCCUCUCCCUCCGCCGCCACCACGGCCCAAACACCGCGAUCCUAUCCCUAAAAUACUCCCUCGCAUCGCCUUCCUCGACCACCCGCCCUGCGCAAUUCCCAACGCAGCUGGUGGAGGGGCUAGCGGCGUACGCUUACCUCUCCCAUACCGCACGUAUCCCACCCACCCGACUCAUCAUCGCCGGUGCGGGGAGUGGUGGUGCACUCGCCGCAUCCCUCGCUCUCAUCCUGUGUGAUCCGGAACGUGACCACGUCCUCCCAACCCCCUCCGCACUCUUGUUGUUUAGCCCGUGGGUGAGCCUGAGUUUGGCGCAGAUGGAUCAAACCUCCUCUUCAAAUUCGGACUCGUCCUCGCAUGUCAGGAAUGCCACGACGGAUGUGUUUACGCCCGUGUUCCUAGCGGACAGCGUUAAAGCAAACAUGCCCACCCAUGCGAAGCGUUCGUAUCGAUCUGAGCCCCGGUUGGCGGCUGACCCGCAUCUCGCACUCCUCCCACCCACAUUUAUCUCCGUUGGGGAGAGGGAGGUAAUCCGUGACGACGUCCUCGGGUUCGCUUCGCGUUUACGGGGUGGGGAGUGCAAGAUUGAUACGUACGAAGGCGCAGGAUGGUGGGACAUCGCACUCGACCCAACCGCAUCCUGGGGAAUUGCUCAAGGUGACGGUGAAGCCGGAGCCGAAAGAGCGGCGGGGUGGGCUGCGGGUGUUCUGAGGGGCCAUGGUAGGGUUAGGGAGUAUGUUUAUGGGGAGGGAUUGGUUGAGCAGGAGGGAGGAGGAGGGGGUGUGGUGGGUUUGGGGAGUAUGAGUGGGGCGUUACGGAGGGGGGAGUAUAAGAAGUUGGGGAAGAUUGAGUUGGGUGAGGUGGUGUCAUAA